AUGGACGCUGAACAUGGUCGAGCCCUGGAGGAGCUGGCAACAAGCUGGCUGAAUGCGAUGCCUGACCGGGCAUUGCAGAUUGUGCGGGGCCACCGGCUGGACGUGUCUAAGAACUUCCUGUGGUUGAAGGAGGUAUGCCUCCUGUCGCCGGCCAAGGUGCCGUCCGGCUUUUUUGUCGCGGACGCCUUGUUGCUGCUAGACAAGUUCUUGGAAGAGGGCCUCCUUGUUCCUACAUCUGAGGACACCAAAGCUACUCUUGCCUUGGCAGAGGCUGAGUCGGGCGUCGCAGACGAGGGCGGGGAUGCGGACGAGGGCAACGACGAGGGCAACGACGAGGGCAAGAGCGCUGGCGAGGACGAGGGCAACGGCAAGAGCGCUGGCGAGGACAAGGACGACGGCGAGAGCAAGGGCGCUGGCGAGGACGAGGGCAACGGCAAGAGCGCUGGCGAGGACGAGGACGACGGCGAGAGCAAGAGCGCUAGCGAGGACGAGGGCAACGGCAAGAGCGCUGGCGAGGACGAGGACGGCGGCGAGAGCAAGAGCGCUAGCAAGGACGAGGGCAACGGCAAGAGCGCUGGCGAGGACGAGGACGGCGGCGAGAGCAAGAGCGCUAGCGAGGACGAGGGCAACGACGAGAGCAAAAUCGACGGCGAGGGCAAUGACAAGGCGAGCGAGGCAGCUGGAGAUGGACAGCUGGAGCGCUACCAAGCGUUCUGGCGCCGCUUUGCCACGCACCAGCGCAAGGGCUCGCAGCUCAUCCCACUCCCGGAGACCGAGCCAACGCGCAGCGGCGACAAGCACGCUGACCAUGCAGACAGCGACCAGGACAUGGGCGAGCAGUCCUCCAACUCUGACUCCGACAGCACCUACACUGACGACUCCGUCACAAAGUCACCUUGCGCGCCCCGGUCCUGGAGCAAUUGCAUGUGCUGCCGCCCAGUUGGCCCUGACGGGCAGAUGGCUUGGAAAGCCUACAGCGAAAAGCUGGACCGUUCGCCACAGAGCUCUGAGCCAGACGUGUCAAUGUCUGACUCUGAGAGCGAUGCUGCAGAAGCUGCCGACGCAGAGCAGACCUUUCAUGAUGCGACUACGACCGUGCCUGCGUCCAGCGCUAGCCCUUCUCAGAAGAACGCUGGCGUGGUUAGCGGCGACGCUGUGAUGCUUACUCCGGCCUGCAAGGCGCCUGCCUUUGUCGGCGCUGCGGAGGUGCCCACGCCGCCCAAGCCCGUCUUCAAGGCUCUUCGCUACUUCAAAGCGCCGGAGCCGGUGAAGGGUGCCCUGAAGCCUGCGAAGAAGCAGGCCUACACGUUUGACUUCGACAAGAAAACCUAUGCCAGCUAUGACGUGUCCAUGCUUCCCCCUCAGAGCCACCCCCUCCGCGAUCACUCAUACUAUGGAGCGCAUAGUUACACACUGAGCGCCGGAGUCGGCCUGGCGCCUUGCCGCGCUCCCCUGCUGGCAAUGGGCCCCAGAAAAGCCAAGAAGCCCAUCAAAAAGCAGACGCUCAGGGAUGCGAAGAGAGUCCCGCUCAGCCUCGUGAGUCCGCAGCCGGCCCGCUCGAUGCGCGACAAGCAGCGCAAGUGGACCAUGCACGGACUAUCUUUGCUGGGGGCCCCGCAGGUCCUGUCAGUGCUGGCUGCGCUGAUCUUCGCUCUUCCUGGCUUGAACUGGAACUGGCCGAGCGACCACGUAGAGCUGUUCAGUGGACAGGCAGCGGUCAGCCGCGCAGAGAUUGAGGAGGGUCGGACCGCUAUGGCCUAUGAUGUGGAAUAUGAUCCCGAGAUGAUGAACAUUUUGGGCACCAAGGGCUACAUCCACGCCUGCUUCCAGAUACUGAACUUAAAGCGAGGAGGUCACUUGACCCUCGCACCUGUGUGUUCUAGUUGGGUGUACCUGAGUCGAGGAUCCACUGGCAGGAGCCGAUCCCGGCCAGAAGGAUCUCCUUACUCUCCCAGCGCGGUAGCUGGCAACACUAUGCUUUACCGCUGUGUCAUUUUGAUUCUAUUGGCCUCGAGCCGUGGGAUUUGGUGGUGCCUGGAGCAACCACGUGGAUCCCUCAUGCAAUUCCAUCCUGCCAUGCAGAUCCUGAUGAAGAAACAGAAAGUGGUGCGCAAGUUCUUGAAUAUGUGCGACUUUAAUGGGGCCUCGCAGAAGCCCACUUGGCUUUACAGCAGCCCCUCUGCGCUGUUUGAAACUCUUUCCAUCUCACUUUGA